UCUAACAUUGUUGUACAGAGGCAUCAGAGGAAGGACACAAUGAUGUUCCUUGAUAAUAGAAAGCUAAAAAGGGAGUCAGCCAAUGUCCCUAAUGAAGCUUACCAUGUUGAAUCUGCUUCAAUUCCCUUUGUAUGGGAAUCUCAACCAGGUACACCAAAGGUUAGAUUCAAAGAAAGUUCCCUCCCUCCACUCACCCCUCCACCAUCUUAUUACCAAAAUGCUACCAAAAAGCCCAAUAUCAAGGCCAAGAAUAAGAACUCACCAAAAGCUACCCUUUUGCAAACUAUAUUCCCUAUGCGUACUGCUAGAAAAAGUUCUGUUCCUCCACAACCUGGAUCUUCAAAUUUUUUGUCCUAUUCUUCUUCCUCUUCUUCUUCAUCAUCUUUGUCAUCUUCGUCGCCACGGCCAACAUCAUAUUCAGUGCCAUCGUCUCCUAUGACGCACUCAAGUAAAAUUGGUGAAGAGGAUGAAGAUCUAUAUGAGGUGACUGGUUCAAGUUUGUGCUUUGGCAAUGCCAGGUCACGAGGGUGUUACUCAUCUAUGUUCAAGAAGGUAUUGCUCGGAGAUUUUCUGUGA